AUGGUGCUGCCGCAACGCCGCCUUGUCUGCCCCGUUCUUCUUGACAUCGGCAGCAGCCGCGCCGUGGCGCUGCCGUACUUCUACCGCGAGGUGUGCCCAUCGCUGCACAGAGAACUGCGCCAGAUAAUGGCACGCCGAGGUGAGCAGGACCCUUUGCUGCUGCGACGCUCGCCCAAUGUGACUGCGACGCUGGUGGACUCGUGGGUUCGCCCAUGCGGCUUCUCACCAGAGAGCCCGCUGCUGCAGCACGAGAGCUGGCGCGACGCGUGGCAGACGUACAUAUGCGCUGUGAGGCAGCGGGGUGAAGUAUCUGUUGCUGGCGCCGCACCAAUCCGAGCCACCACUGCUAAUGCGGCUGCGAAGAGCAGGGAUGUCAACGACAUCCCUUUGUGCGGGACGUUGGCAUUGCCUAUACCUGUUCACGUCUCCGAUGCCAAUGGAGGAAGUGAGGCGGGGGCGUCGACGCGGAGGAUAACGAUGGAAUUCUUUCGCGUUGAUGCCUUCAUUCCUGUUUAUGUGCAGAUGUGCCACGUGAUGCGUCGCAUUAUUGCCCCGCAAAACACGUGUGAUGUGCCUGCGAUUGGUGUUGUGGUGCCAAAUCAUCACACAGACUACUUCAUCGAGGCGGCAAAAGGCAUGCGGGAGGGCACAGCGAGCCAGCAGCACUCGGCACGCAUGGUGCCGAACAUCCUUGUGUACAACACGAAUGGACUUCAGUUCCGCCUGCCGUGA